CCUCGAGGCCCAGGUCUGAGCGCCCCGCCCGCCGCAGCUCCAGCUCCUUCAGCGCUGUGGGACCGCGGCGCGCGGUGCUUCGCUCUCCAGGCUCAGAGCGCCGGCCUGGGCGCCCGCCGCCAGCAUGGACGCUCGCCGCGUGCCGCAAAAGGAUCACGGAGUAAAGAAGAACGUAAAGAAAUUUAGAUAUGUGAAGUUGAUUUCCAUGGAAACGUCGUCAUCCUCUGAUGACAGUUGUGACAGCUUUGCUUCUGAUAAUUUUGCAAACACGAAACCUAAAUUCAGGUCAGAUAUCAGUGAAGAACUGGCAAAUGUUUUUUAUGAGGACUCUGAUAAUGAAUCUUUCUGCGGCUUUUCAGAAAGUGAGGUGCAAGAUGUGUUAGACCAUUGUGGAUUUUUACAGAAAUCAAGGCCAGAUGUCACUAAAGAACUGGCCAGUAUUUUUCAUGCCGACUCUGACGAUGAAUCAUUUUGCGGUUUCUCAGAGAGUGAGAUACAAGAUGGAAUGAGACUGCAGUCAGACCACACUGGCUACAGGACCCGCAGCCAGUGCCGACGGUCCGGACCCCUCCGGGUGGCCAUGAAGUUUCCAACCCAAAAGACCAGGGGAGCCGCCAACAAAAGAGCAGUGCCCCCCCAGCCCCCUGAGAAUACUGUAACCGAUUCCAGUUCUGAUUCAGAAGAUGAAAAUGGAAUGAAUUUUUUGGAGAAAAGAGCUUUAAAUAUAAAGCAAAACAAAGCAAUGCUUGCAAAACUAAUGUCAGAACUAGAAAGCUUCCCUGGCUCAUUCCCUGGAAGGCGUUCCCUACCAGGCCCCAGUACACAGUCAAAGACCCCCCGAAGGCGUACAUUCCCAGGUGUAGCUUCCAGGAGAAACCCUGAACGAAGAGCUCGUCCUCUUACCAGGUCAAGGUCCCGGAUCCUUGGGUCCCUUAGUGCUCUACCCACAGAGGAGGAGGAGGAAGAGAUGGAGGAUAAGUACAUGCUGGUGAGAAAGAGGAAGACCAUGGACAACUACAUGAAUGAAGAUGACAUGCCCAGAAGUCGUCGUGCCGGAUCCAUGACCCUUCCACAUAUAAUUCGCCCUGUGGAAGAAAUUACAGAGGAAGAGCUGGAGAACAUCUGCAACAACUCUCGAGAGAAGAUCUAUAACCGCUCAUUGGGAUCUACUUGCCAUCAAUGCCGCCAGAAAACUAUUGAUACCAAAACAAACUGCAGAAACCCAGAGUGCUGGGGUGUUCGAGGCCAGUUCUGUGGUCCCUGCCUUCGAAACCGUUACGGUGAAGAGGUCAAGGAUGCUCUGCUGGAUCCAAAUUGGCAUUGCCCGCCUUGCCGCAGAAUCUGCAACUGUAGUUUCUGCCGGCAGCGAGAUGGGCGGUGUGCGACUGGGGUCCUUGUGUAUUUAGCCAAAUACCAUGGCUUUGGGAAUGUGCAUGCUUACUUGAAAAGUCUGAAACAGGAAUUCGAAAUGCAAGCAUAGCAUUUGGAAGAUCCACUCUCCGUCUUCCACUGUGCAAAGCUUCCUAAAGUUUUCGGUUUUGUCACAUGAUUGAAACCCGAGUUAAGAAUUUUGAUGAUAAGCCAGUUUUAUAGGAAACGCAAAUCAAGUUAAUCUCACUAGACACACGUGUCCCUGACCAUCACAGAGGUUUAUCGCUUAGCUAUACUUUGCCCUCCUGCAGUUUCUUCUUCACUCCCCCCCACCCCAUACCAUCCCCCCUCUAUUUCCGGUGAUUCUCUCCCACCAUUUUGUUUCCGAUUCCUUUUAAAUGGCAAUUUUAGGAAAGCAUGUUUGAUUUAAUUGGCGUUGAAAUAGCCCUGGAAUCCACCCAUAAAACCAAGCACUUAGAAAUACAGUAGUAAUGUUAACUAACUACAUCUAUUGAAUUCCAGAGAACAGCCCUCUAACUUGUUUACGAGAAAGCUGUAUAAUUUGAGAUUUAGCAUUCAUACUAGUUGAUGUUUUUUAACGGAAUCAAGGCACACAAGUCUUAAAACCAUGUG